GCAUUUUUAAACAGAAAGUCUAGUAGCUCAGUAUGAGACAAAUGUUCAUUUACGCCUCAUACAAUUCACAGACGGUGGUGAUUGUUUUUAGUGCCCCUCCAUUUUUCCACCACCCAAGUACCCUGACUGCAAACGUAGUCCCUGCAACUCCUCCUGCUUGCCACCCUCCUCGCUAGUCGACUUUCCCUUCCCAUCCGCUCUCUCCCACUAUAUCGCGAGAGAUAGGGAGCACAGAAAUAUUCACGUUAGCAACAACUGUUAUAAAAUUAUAUUUAUAUCGAGGAUAUAUGAACGAAUUGUAUAAAACGCUGGCGCGUAUAAAUUACAAUUCUAAUGUAAGCCAACGCAAGAUUACUAAAUGAGUUGUUUUAUUAAUAGCUGGCUAGCUAAUAAUAAUAUCUAGGUAGCUAGCUAGCGAUUCGCCUGUUGUCUGUAGCAAGUAUGGGAGGCUAGCUAACUGUAAGUGGACACUAUUUUGAAGACAAGCGUGUACAAGUUAUUUUAGCCAUCAAGCAUUGGCCUCGAGUAUCUGACUAGGCCGACAAUGGUUUGUGAAUUCCAGCUAACUUCGUUAGCCAGUAACGUCAGUACUAACCAAGCUCUCUGGAUUGUUUACAUCCAGCGCCAGUUUGCAAACUAGCUGGGUAAUGUUGUUAGCUAGCUAACGGGUUUCAUACGCAGUCAGUUGUUUAGUUACAAUAAUCUAGCCAACAAGGUAUUUUAUUUAUUUUGUUGCCAGUAAGGUAGUUAGUUAGCUAUGCCAAACUAUAUUUGGCUUUGCUACAGUGUGGGAAAGUGAUUAAACCACUAGUUGUCUGAACACUGACAAAUCAGUUGAUGUCUCACAAGCAACCAUUUGGUUCUUCACCAUAUCUAGCUACCACAUCUAGUACCGUUAUGUGAAGAUAUCUAGCUAGCUAAUUGAAUGGGUUGUCAGUAAAACGGGUUGCUUAACAAUUUGUUUUUAUGGAUGUAAAGCAUUGACUCAAUUUAAAAAAAACCUGACAACUGUUGUGACCACUAGUCCAACAGACAACAACUACAGGUGGCAACCGGUGCUAGGGGUAUUUGUAUUAGUAACAGUUGAUUAGAUAUUGUAAAUCAUAUUAGAGUUGGUUAUGUCUCUGGAGAAUAUAUGUAACAGGUAAUGUGAUGUAUCACCAUUGAUUGUGCUUGUAUUGUUUUCACAGGCUGCAGUUGUGUUCUUGUGGAUGUGUGGUGGACCGUAAGCAGGGCGGCCACUUGUGAACCUCACCUAUUUACCUCACCUCUGUCUUAUACCUCCUCCCUUACACCGAUUUUACCCUGUCUUUUAUCAUAGAUAUUUUUAAAUGUAUGAAAGCAUGUUGCACAGAGACAGACCCCCUAUAUUUCUACCUCGUCUCAGUCUGUGCUCAUCAGUGUGUUACAGUAGUCUUUUAGCUGAAGGUUUUAAAUGGGGGUGAAUCUACUCUAUGCCUGGCAUAGUACGGUACUUGAAUUCCCACCCGUUUGUAAAUUAGCCCUGAGGAGCUGUGCAGGUUUCAUUAAUUAACCUUAAGUGAUAAACCAAAUAGCAGCCAGCUAGUUGGCCAAUCAGCCCCCUCCCCUCACGCCCUCCUGGUAGAAUGAACGGCUCUCUUUUAACCCCACCUAGCCCGCGGGCAGCCAACUCCUCCCCGCUGCCCCUUUCACCCUCCCCUUCUCCGUCCCCUCCAUCCCCCUCCCUGUUGCCCAUGUUCCCUCGGCCACCCCCCCUGCCCCCUCCCUUGGCCCAGCCUCACCCCUCCUCGCUGUCGGACACCCCCACACCCUCCCCCUGCCUGAGCUGGACGGAGUUCUGUGAGCUGCAUGCCCGCAUGGCGGCCGGGGACUUUGCCCGCCACUUCCGGGCGUUCCUCCUGGAGAACCCUCACUACUCCCCCGACUCUGCUGCCGCCUUCUGUCGCCGCUUCACUGACCGCUUUGUCCGACAUUUCCAGAGCGAACUGGAGGGGGUGGCCGGGGCGCUGGGUACAGCCCCUGGGAUGGAGGCGGGGAGCUGGGCCCCCCAAUCAGACGCCACCUCCCUGGAAGAGGAGGCGGUCUCUCCCCCUCCUGUCACCGAGGGAGCCUCCUACCACCCCUGUGCCCCAGCCAACCCGGUGAGAGCCCUGCCCAAGCCUGCCUCCACACGACUGGUGUUGGAAACCAGAAGUGGGGACCAAUUUCAAGACUCCUAUGCUGUCACAACGGUCCUCCCCCCAUCCUCCUCCUCCUCCUGCUCCUCCUCAGUGGGAGGAGGAAACAACGGCAGGCGGGAAGAGAGGGGUGCCCCAGUUACUGUUAAACACUUCACUGGCGUCGGCCCAGGAAAUGGAGAAACGACAGCCGAGGAAGAGGACAGCUGGGCGGGCGUAACGGUCAUGGAGGAGGAGGUGGAGCCAGAUGAGGGGGAGGAGGAGCUGGAAGUUUGCUUGGACAAUGAAGACCCCUCCCAUAUGCCCCAAACGCCUGCCUCCCCUUGCUCCGACACAACUCCUCCCCGCUCCAAAGGUAAUGGCACCCCGGCCUCGGCAGGAAGCCAGUCCAAAACCAAACUGAAGAAGCGCUUCUCUCUGCGGAGUGUUGGGCGCAGCGUGCGGGGCAGUGUCCGGGGCAUCCUGCACUGGCGCAGCUCGUCCAGCGACUCCCCCCAGAGCUCCUCCCAGCUGCCCUCCAGCUACAGCUACACAAUGGGGGUCCAGGACGCUUGCACCGGCUCUUCCUCCAAGAGGAACUCUGGCACUCAGCCCCCUACACCCACCUCCUCCAUGCCUGUCUCCCUCUCCCUGCCCCUCUCCCUCCCCCACUCCUCCUCCUCCUCCCUGCCCCCGUCUUCCUCCAGCAGUGCCACCUCCCUCUCGCUAUCGGAGGCACGGGACCGCCGGCGGAGCAAUGGCGAGGGGGGAGAGAAGGAGAAGUGGAGCCACCGGCUGGAGAAGCUGCGUCUGUCUCGCUCCCCGCCCCCCGUUCUCUCUUCGGCACCCACUUCAGCCGUGGUGUCACCUUCUUCCGGCCUGCCCCCCAGCAGCAGCAGCAGCGCCACCCCGAGGAAGACGGGCCGACUGGUGAGGGAGGGAGGAGUCAGCGUCAGCUCCUCCAUGCCAGAUGAGUUUGCCGGGAGCCACGGUGGUUUCCCUGGCUUUUCCUUCGGCCUGCUGCACCACGGCACACAAGAACACAACAACGCUGGUACUGGCUUAAACAACACCUCGUCCACCGCUAACGCCGCUCAGACAGCUGCAGUGCAGCCUCUCGUCCCUGGGGGCACUGUGGGCUGGAGGGGUGGUCGGUGGCACAAGUGUCGACUGGUCCUGAGGGAGAGGGACAAGGAGGGGGAGCGCGGCGAGGAGUACUAUCUGGAGUUCUUCAUCCCGCCUAAAUCCUCCAAGCCCAGGCUGACUAUCCCAUGCUGCUCUAUUGUGGAUGUGAGGAGCACCACAGCCCUGGAGGUGCCUGACAAGGAGAACACCUUCCUCCUUCAGUUGGAGGGACAGGUGCAGUAUGUGAUUGAGACGCGAGACGCUGUGCAGAUGAGAGCUUGGUUGAGUGACAUCAGGAAUGGUAUAUGUAUCAGUGAACAGGAGGACAUAGAAGCUGUGUGUGGGGGACCCAUGGACAUCAGUGGAAUGCCAGAAUUCAGUGACCGCCUCUCUCAAGUGUGUUAUGGCGGUGUGGGCGGCUCCUCCCCGCUGAUGGACCCUCUCCCCCCAGAGUUACCGCCCCGCGCCCCUCUGGACGAAUCAGACGGACGCGUGGGUGGAGCUGGCCUAGGCACACCAUUUGCGGAGACGCCAGAUGCCACAGGUUCCUUCCUGUUCUCAGAUGUGGCGGAGGCGGUGGAGCACCCUCUGAGCGAGUGCCAGUGGUUCCACGGGACGUUGUCGCGCCUGAAGGCGGCCCAGCUUGUGCUGGCAGGGGGUACAGCCAGCCACGGCGUCUUCCUUGUGCGCCAAAGCGAGACACGCCGCGGGGAGUACGUCCUCACCUUCAACUUCCAGGGCAAGGCCAAGCACCUGCGUUUGUCUCUGAACGAGGACGGCCAGUGCCGGGUGCAGCACCUGUGGUUCCAGUCCAUAUUCGACAUGCUGGAGCACUUCCGCGUGCACCCAAUCCCCCUGGAGUCUGGGGGUGCCUCGGACGUCACUCUCAUCAGCUUUGUGGGCGCCACCGCCGUCCGGCAGCCAGGCCGGGACAGGGCAGGCAGCCGGCCCACAGUCUGUGAUGUCAUCACCACGCGCCACCCUGACUCUCCAUCAACCCCCAUCUCUGACUGUGUACUUGACCAGCAGACCCCGUAGCCCCCCCCAGCCUCCUCCUCCACCCCUGCCCCCCGGCCGGCCGCCACCCCCAACCCCACCCCAGGAACGAGGGAACGAGGCCGAGCUGGGAGGAGGUGGGGGAGGAACUGCAGCAACUGCAGGAGGAGGUGAAGGAGCGGAGGACUGGGAGGAGAGGGAAGCUCCUCUUCGCCAACUGGAGGGGGUGGAGGGUGAAGAGCGGGAAGGAGGGAGGGCAAGAGCCAUUGACAACCAGUACUCCUUCUUCUGAGGAGGGAGGGGGGUGUUUGUGCGAAAGGGAGAGUGGAGGAGGCGGGAGUCAUAGCCAUUCAUAACCAGUAUUUGUAUUUUGUUACGAGACUGAGGGGAAGGGGUUAGAAGGACGUACUAACACUAUUAAAACACAAGCAUUCUGGGAGAUUCAGCCAGAUGGAGAGAAAGAGAAAACGGGUGAAAGAGAAGAGAGGGGAUGGGAGCACCUUACAACACUAAGUAAAGGUACACUAAGUAAAGGUACAGUAAGUAAAGGUAACACUAAUGUUUAGCGAGAUAAGCUUUUUUGCUGGUACACCUCUCGGUACGCUUUUUGUAGACUUUUGAAUCCAUUUAUGGAUGUAGGUAGUGAGAGAUAUCCUCUGAACCCAGCAGUACCAUACCUCAAUAUCCUGCAGACAUUCUACUGGCCAGCAGUACACUUUCAGAGGUAGAGAUGGAGGACAACCAUAUACUUACUAGGUGGCAAAGAGACUAGGCUAGAACCGGCAGGCAGGAUACAUAUACCUCAGUCACUCUUUCAACCUCACUCUUUCUCUCUGUCUCUCUUUUUCUCUCCACUCAUUUUCUGGUUUUCUUUAAUGGUAGAGAAGUGGCCAGAGGUAGAGAGCGAUUAUAUCUAUCCUUCACAUAAAAAAAUGCUUUGUUAUUGAUAAUAAUGAUAUGAUUAACAAUAAUGAUAAAGGAAAUAAUGAUGAUGGUCGGAAAUAAUAGUAUUAAUUUUAUUUUUUAAAUGCCUUUUAUUGUAUGUUGUUUACUCUGUAAUUGCGUAACACUUGUUCCUGCCCCCAUUCGGUUAUUUCAGUUGAAAUUUGUUUGCCUUUUAAAAAUAUUCCUAAGCCUCAUACUCAGUCUUUCCCUCACGCUCAUACAGUCCUCUCCUCCUGGACCUCAUCCAAAUUUAAUUUUAAAGUGCAGAAAUAGAAAAUAAGAAAAAUAUAAGGGGGGGGGGGGGGGACAUUUUUCUACUUGUGCCUUUCUUUGUUAUCACCUCUGUCGUACUCCUUCAACCUGUGCCUGGGUUGUGUGGCCAUGUCCGUCUUUCUGCCAUUCAGUUCAGUGCCUCUUUCUUUCUCUUUGUAUCCCCCUCCUUCCUCUUUGUUUAUACCUUCACUUCUUCUGUUUGUCCUCUACUCUGAGCUUUGUCAUCUUUUACACAUCUUACCCCCAUCCCCCUGUUCAUCCUUUUCAAAUGUUGAUCUCUAUUUGUGCCUUUCUGUCUCUGUCGCUCUCUCUUUUGCUGGGACCUUGUGUUGACGGUGGGCAGGGUUUUGUCCAACCUGUGUGGUUAGUUUCAGGUACAACAUUGAAUUAAAUGAUAUGAUAUAAUAUAAUUAUACUGAAAGUUUUUGGCCUCGUGUGUUGUUGCUUUGGUUCACUGUAAUUGUUUCUUACUGAAUAAAGGGGAAGGAUGUAAAGGAA